CAUACAGAUUCACUGUUAUCAGAGGAAAAUUUUCUCGUCUGCGAAGCUAAGGUCCAAAUGUGCGCACGAAAAAAUGUCAGAGAAUUCCCCAACCGGUGACAAAACACCUCCACUGCCAACAUCAGCCAACGCAAUCAUCAUGGCUCCCAUCAUGGUUCCUUACGAGCUGCGCAAUGCUGAAGCUGUACACGAUCAGAUGCUUCGAGACUCGAAGAACUAUUCCGAUAAUUUGCGCAAGGGUGCCGAGCAAUUCCUAACGAACUACCUCCUUGAGGAACAAUUGAAGGCCAUCAAGCUCGAGACCGAAGCAGCGGAGGAGAAAGCCAAGCUACAAGAAGACAUUAUCUUGGAGCAGAAGAGGAUACAAGACGCGGAGGCAAGAGUCCUGAACGCGCAGAGGGAAUUGAGGGAAUCGGAGAGAAAGAGACGAGAGGCAGAAGUCAAAGCACGAGAGGCAGAAGUCAAGGCACGAGAGGCGGAAAAUGCUGUCAAGCGUAUGCCAGCAGUUCCUCCUCGAGUCGCAACCCCACCACCAGCUACUUCGACUACCACUUCAGCCAAUACGACCCAAACACCAGUUGCAAAAUCGCCUGCGGAGGCUGCUACUAGCCAACCUGCUCAACCUCCUCAUAACCCAUUCGCGCAAGUCAAGCCCCCUACGACCCAAUCAUCCGUCGAGUCUGCGGCUACUCCUCCAGCCUCUGCUCCCAACCCUUCCGCCCCAGCAGCAAGCAGCACUCCCGCUCCUCCCCAAUCCGCCCUUCAACAUGUUCCAAUCCCAAGUCAGCCUUCGGCAGGUACUGCGAAUCAGCCUGCUACGAGUUUCUCAGACAUGGUUGAUGGGCCUGAGACUCAAAAGUAUAUUUCCGUUCACCUUCAACUUAAGAUGCUCCGAAAACAGGUCAAGCCAAAGGGCAAGGCGAACACAAGUCCAUUGAAAGAUGUAGCUAUGAAGCAAGGCGCGGAUAUUCGUGUUGCUCUGGGACAAUUGUCAAUUGGAAACAAGAACGCGAAUGUCUUCAACAAGCUCCGUGAUAUCAUGAAGGACUCAUUGACAUACCAAGUCAACAUCGGCCAAGGCGCUCAGGUCCCUAUGAUCGAUCCCUCCCCAUACGUGCUUCGAGUACCUGCUCCUGUCACCGAUGGAACCGCUAAGAACAAUGGCGAUCAACUCCCUGUCUUGUUCAUAUACCUUCUGUCUAUCUUCUCUAAAGCCCUCAUCGCCCAAGCUGCUCAAGAAGCUGCCUUGAAGUCUGAGAGUGCUGAACCAAUCGCGAUGGCUGCCCAUCAAAUCUUCUCUCACCCUGAUCUCCUCUGGCGCGGCAUGUCCAUGAUCGAUAUCUUGAUCGCAAAGCUUCGCAAGUCAUGUGGAGCACUCUUUGGCUUCAGAGGCGCCGAGACGAAGGACACUGGCCGUAUCACACUGGGCUGGAAGAAGGAAGACGGCAUGUGGGUCUCCGAAUCGAUCCAUUACGAUCGCAUGAGAGGCAUUGGCGCUUUCUAUGCUGGCUUGACUCUUCGUCGCUACAAGAACCGCGUCAACCCCUAUCCUCCACCUCACUACUGGCGAGCCAUGGCUGCUAUCCUUACUUGCCCACAACAAGAGAGAUCCAACACCAGCUACUAUGUCCUCGGUGCUCUGAUCAAGGGUUACGAAGGAAAGUUCCAAGAGUUCUACGGAGAUUUCGCUCGUCUUGCCUUGGAAGCUGCGUUGAUCCACUACCCCAUGGGUGCGAGAGAGAAGAACGUCGCCGUUAUGACAUUGCUCACUUUAGGAGAUAAGGCAAAGACGGACGGUUUCAUUCCUCAGGCGUAAAGAUAAAUCACAUUAGUCACUGGGUACCGGGAGUUCAGGUUGCUUGGAGAGCAUGGAUGGCGUUGGGACUGGUGGUUCUGUUAUUCGAGACAGGUGGUGCAUCAAGUCUUUGAUUCAGUACUCCAUAUUCCUCCAUAGAUGGGGAGUUUUUCUAGAUGAAUGUACUCUAGAGAUAUCAGAUAAAUGAUACAUGAGAC